AUGCCGGAUCGGCCUGUCGUGGUCAAGCAAGAAGUGAAACAGGAGCAGCUGCCGAAAGUCCAGAAAACUAUCGGCAAACGCUCCGGCCGAAGCGGGAAAUCGGGCUGGAAGUCGUGGCGAGAGCGACAAGACCUGCGAAAAAACCUUGAAGAGGAUAAGUCCAGGGUCGAGGUGGUGCGGCUUCGAGCCAAAGUAGAGGCGGCAGCUUCUGAUUCUAUCGUACCUCAAGCUCCCGCAGGUUCGCCGGACGUCGAGGCUGCAGCUUCGGGUUCUAUCGUAUAUCAAGCUCCCACAGGUUUGCCGGACCCGUGGCCUCAAGCUGAUCACGAGCCGAUCCCACUUGCUUCUUUGGCCGCUCCUGUGGAAAGCUGCACUGUGCGGGAUUCAGAGGUUCAAGCAGUUGCCGAUAAGAAGGACGUGGACUGUCAGACGCCAGACUGGAGACAUCCCAGAUCCUACCUGUACGGCUUGCAGGUGAUCACAACCCGUCCUCACUACAUCAACGGAGUGGCGCCGACAGACGCCGGGACGGGUUAG